UCGGAAUAUCAGAUCCACGUGUCCGUUGGCCUAUCGAUUGUGUAGUUGUAGUUGUAGGACAAAAUGGAGGAGACUUCCUCCACCAUCCCGAAGAGCGAUGGUUGCAACGAUCCGGGUAAGAUGUUCAUUGGAGGACUCAACUGGCAAACCACCGCAGAGGGUUUAAGGCAAUACUUUACCAAGUAUGGAGAACUGAAAGAGUGUGUUAUUAUGAGGGAUCCUGUGUCAAAACGUUCAAGGGGUUUUGGGUUUGUAACUUUUGUCGAACCAAAUAGUGUGGAUAUGGUAUUGGAAAACUGCCCUCAUGAGCUAGACGGCAAAAAGAUUGACCCUAAAGUAGCUGUGCCCAAGCGAGCACCAGUAAAGAUGGUAACUUCAACUAAAAAGAUAUUUAUUGGUGGACUAUCUACAAACACCAAUGAAGAGGAUAUGCGCAAGUACUUUGAACCUUUUGGAAAGGUAACAGAAGUAAUGCUAAUGAUUGAUAGAGCUACACAGAGACACAGAGGAUUUGGUUUUGUAUCAUUUGAAACAGAGAAGAGUGCUGAUGAUGCUUGCACAAAUCAGUAUCACUCAAUAAAUAACAAAAAGGUGGAAGUCAAGAAGGCUCAACCAAAAGAAGUCAUGUACAGCCUACAAGGUGGGAGAGGGCGCGCAAGAGGAGGGUUGUUUGGCAGGGGGAUAUUUUAUCCUCUGCCUGGAAUUGGAAGAGCAGCGUUUCCUGUACCUGGUUUAAGUCCAAAUCCAUUCCAAGGUUAUAAUGCCUAUGCAGCAUAUGCAGCAGCCUUUACAGCACAAGGUCGGGGCAGAGGAAGAGGGAGAGGGAAUUAUAUUGCAGGAUACCCAGCUAUUGGAAACCCAAGCUACCCUUAUGCUUUCAUGAAUCCAGCAGACCAGAGACGGGGACCAGGUGGGCAAUAUUAUGCAGAGUAUGCAGCUAUUGGUAACUCAGGGAGGGGUACUAGCAGACAGGAUCAGGUUCAACAACACAACACAAUACAAGAUUAUUCCCAGCAUGAAUAUGGAGGUGGAAUGCAGACUCUGAAUGGAUAUCACCAUCAAGGUCAGCAUGGAUAUGGUCCACCCCCUACCUCACCUGUAUCCAGAGGGUUUUCUGCUGCAACAAGUCCAGGACCAGUGGGUGUUGGUCAAGAAAUGAACUAUAUUUCUGCAGCUGGUGGAAGUGGAGCUAAUGAACUAGGGUUCUCAGCUACUAGUCCACAACAAAGUGCAUUCAACCCAUCAUUACAGUUUUGACAGAGAACGUUUUACUAUUGAAUGAAAGCCCAAACUACAAUUUAACUCCAGUGAAUAUGAUACCACUUCCUGGGAUAUUUUUAAACAGACACAUCAAAUGUCAAAUUGCUUCUGCGUAAGUAGCAGUCAAACUGUUCAAGUGCAGACCAAGACACAAGAGAUAAGUCAAAAAAUAUCUUGCACAAUUUUAAAUUAAGGACUUUAUGUGUGUUUUACUUGAUAAUAAAUGGUAUUUUAUUUGUCUUUAAUGGUAGCAAUAAGCUGUAUAGUAACAAGGGAAGGUUAAUUUUAUUACUUAUUAUUGUAGACAAAGAUAGUGUGUCUUCACCAGUAGCAUAAAAUAGUAUAAAAUACAGUUUGAAAUCUAGGCGCUUUCAGAAAAGCACAUGAUAAAAUGAGACAACAUUGAUCUGUAGAUGGCUUGUUUACUGUCUGAACUUUAUGCAAAUUGAUCUUUGAAGCAUUGGAAACUAUAAGAUUUUCUAAAUUGGUAACACAUGUGGUGAAUAAUAGAUAAUGUUACCAGUGUUAUAAGACGAUUGUGCUGGUUCUAAUAGCGCUUGUUUUCAAUGCCUUUGUGUUGAAUACUAUUCCUUAACAAAUUAUAUUUAGACAAUCCUUUGUAUGCAAAGUAUUUUCCACAUACUUUUUAAGUAGUCUAAGCUAAUAUUAAAUCCUCAGCCGUGCCAUGCCUUAAAGCAGCAACCAUGUGUCUGCCGUCAAUGGGUGUGGCUUGGAUUAAGAAUGAGGUAAAUAAGAGAGGGUAACUUGUAGGACUAGAUCAUCUUCCCUCACACCCCCGGUUCUUCCAGUCUAUAUGUUGUGUAUUUUAAGCAUUAAAUGCUUCUUCAUUCUUUUGUACUUUUUGUGGCAUUAUUGUUCUUUUUGGUCAGUUUCAAAAACUGGCAUCUAUUUAGAAUACUGAAAGAAGUGGGAUACCUUAUUUAACAUGGACAUAAAUUAUACCUUUAGCUUGUCAGCCUUGGUUUAUGGCUGGUCAUACUUCCUAGUUUAUCUGAUUAGUGAAUAAUAAUGGACUUAAUAUAGUUUGAAUUGACUAUUACAUCGGUAAGACAUGGAUUGUAAUGUUCCACUACGUAUUAUGAAUGACUAUAGAGAUAAGAUAUCCCAUUUUAAGUUUGAGAAAACUUAGGAAGUCACCUAAAUGUGAGGGAAUACUAGCAGAAGUACACUAGCUAGAGUGGACAAGAAUAGCAAUACGUAACUAGUUAAUAAUUCUGUCCAAGAGUAUUUAAGUUUUCUCAAAAGAAAUCAAAAUUUGAAGAAUUAAUAUACCCUUACAUUUCAAAGCCAGGCCAGUGAAAGAAAUGAAAGAGAAAAUGAGAGAGAAUGAAAAUGAGUUUAUAAGAAAUCUCUGUUACCAAUCCCACCACUCUAAUAAUGUGUCAUAUAAUCAUGAUAUUACUGGUGUAGAUAUUUCAAAGUGGUGGUUGUAUGUGAAAGCCCUUUUCGAGGGGACCUUUAAUAUGUUGGAAGGAUUACUGUCCAGGUAGUUAUGGUAUGUCAUCUUAGGCCUGGCUCAUGAAACAAAAAUUUCUACAUCCUAAAGAGAAAAAUUAUGAAAUUGUACUCCAUUGCGGAGUGCUCUAUAUUUAUUAUUCUAUUCUUCAAUUAUCUAUUGUCCUUUUUAUUGUUUAUUUUGACUACACAAGAUAUAUUGUGAUACAGAAGCUUUGUCCAGGACCAUUCAUUUAUUAAUAGUUUAGAUAUCAAUAAUCAUGUUAACCUCAACUCGUGUGCAUGCGUAAACCAUUAUUAAACGUACAUGCAUACACUAAUUAAGACUGAAGGGUCCUACCUACAAAAACAUUGAUUUUAUUGACACUGAUGUUGUUCAGGUAGCUAUAGAAAAAGCUAUAUUGAUGGAUAUGGCCCCUGAACAUAUCGAAAGAAGAUCAAUAUUUUGCAAUAAUUGUUGUCAUCUUGUGAUCCUACAGGGUUUUUGUGUAUGUGUGUACUUUCAUCCACUUACCCAACACAUGUGUCGUACGUGCAGGCUUGUGUAUGAUUAUGUACAACAAUGUCUAACAUUGUCCAGUACACUCAUUUGACAAGCUUUUAGCAUUCAUAAACCUUAAUAUCCCAAUCAUGUCAGUGAUUUGAGUUGCAUGGGCUAUCUUUCCAAGAAAGAGUUUUUUCUACCUAGUGCAUCUAUUUAUAGUACCAUAAAAGAUUGAAAUAUUUACCAUAAUGUACCAGACUUGUCUUUUAUGGCACUAAAAAUAUAGGUUUCAAGGUCGCUGACAAUAAGCUUCGUAUCAAUUAUCAGAAGAGAGUUUGUAUUUUUGCAAAGGAAGAUUUUUACAGUCGAGAGAGUGGUUAGUAGAGGUAGAAGAUGUUUGUUUAUGUCGUACUCUUGUAGUUGUCCUUGUGGGGAGGUUAGCUGAAUUAGGAGGUCAUGAUUCAUGUGUCGUUAUUGAAGAUUAAAUGAAGGUUUUUGUUUUUAUGAUGAAAGGGUCUUUCAUAAUGAAUCUUCCUCAUCCCUCCCUACGUCUGUUUCUGUGCUUUUCAAGGGGGUGUGCUUUCCACAUGGAAUGCACCUUAUUCAUACCAUCUGUAGCUUUUGAUUAACUAAUGUGCCACAAUAAAGCAUUUAGUUCCUGAUAUUAGCAAUGAAAUAGUCAUUGCAGGUGUCACUAUGACACUUACUUGUGCUUAUUUUACUGUCUUAAUGCUUAGGAAAUAGACAGACAAAAGAACCUAUGACUAGAGAACCAUUUCUCUGAUCAUUUCUUCUUGCUUUAGUGAAAUAUCUGAGUUUAAUUAUAGUACAGUACUUGUCUCUUAUCAUAACUAUAACUCAGGCCCGUUCAAUGCUGCACCUCUUGAAGUCCUUAGUUUUCCUCCAUAAAACACUGCCAGUGGAUGCUAGGAUUGUGUGAGAGGGCGCGUUCUCAGAACGGAAUUGAGAUCAGUUCGGACUGUACAACUGCCUUCUUGUAACAUUGCACUGUUCACUACUGUUAGCAUAUCUACAUUGUACCAUGUGUAAACCAUAARUCAUGUGGUUUACUUACUUAUGUGCUGUUACUCAAAGGCUACAGGUACAUCGUUUGGAAACGCAAGACAAAUCUUGAUGGAUUUAGAUUAAAACUCGAAUAGCUAGAUAAUGAGAGGAUUUCAUAUAAUAUCAUUACACUAUUAUAAAUAUAUAAAUAUACAUGGUGUUUAUAUGCGGAUCUGCAUGUGAUAGAAGUACAUUGAAGUGACGUAUGCUGAAUUUUUCCAUUUUUUUAACUUACCACAUUUUGAGCUAGUAAUUUAAUUUUUUUUUGCACUCUUGAAUUUUCUACUGCAAUAGGCAUUUUAACACAUGUAUUGCGUAAUAUCCCACAAAAUUAUGGAGAUCUGAUAAAAGCUGCGUUGUUCAGGGCAUUGGUUUUCCUGGCCAUAAUUUGUUGGACAUCUUUACUGGUGCGUUACCCAAGGCAGUAGUGAUACUUAUCUCAGCUCGUGUAUGAAAUAAGAUUUGCAAUAAAACUACCAAAAUCUUUUCCGAUUAUAAACACUUACAAUGUACUUGUGUUGCAUGGAGAUCAUGUUUGAUAACUAAAAACUUAGUGUAUUUUAUUCCAAAAGAUAACAAGCAUAUAUUUUCCAAAUUUUCUCCAAAGUUCGUUUAGAAAUAAAAAUUACUUAUUAAGCAAUAGGUACGAUUGAAUGCAGGCUCCGGGUAAUCAAGCUGUUCUGUGUURCCUGUAAAAGUAGAGGGAGUGUCAAAUAGUGUUCGUUCCAAGUUAACAGGACAAUGGAAGUAGAUUGCACGUUUAGCUACGCAUGUGCGUGCCCUCUCAGUUUUAGCACUCACUCACAUUUGUAAUCACUAAAGCCGCGUUCAAAGUUAUGUAUUUUUAAAAGCGUAACAUUUUUGACAAUCCCAUCUACCUGCAUUGUGCUCCCAUUCAAGUUUUAUCUGAGCGCAUGUGUAGUUAGUUUCUGUGUACAUGAACUGGUGAAUAUUUUAGUUUUAAUCUAGUUUCGUCGAUCUUUAUAUCCUGCUCGUAAUCUAGUCCUCCGAACGUGUAAAUGGCCGUAAUUUGAUUCAAAUAAAAGACAUUUGUACAUAUUUA